AUGGCAGGUAUUACAUUAUGGAUUGUGGCACUGCUGGUCGGUCUCGCUAGUGUCUUCUUUCUGAAGAGCCGUCUGUCCGGCACCAAGGAAGAGGAUGUCUUUGUGCCGGACGAGGGUGAGAGUGCCACGAACUUUGUCGAUCGUUUGCAGGCGCAGAAAAAACGUCUUGUGAUUUUUUACGGCUCGCAAACGGGUACGGCGGAAGAAUAUGCGAUCCGUAUCGCGCGUGAGGCCAAGGCUCGUUAUGGCACUUCGCCGCUGGUCAUCGAUCCUGAAUCAGAAGAGAUGGACAAGUUGGACUUGGUUCCGGAAGACUGUGCUGUGGUGUUUGUCAUGGCUACCUAUGGUGAGGGUGAGCCGACAGACAACGCCGUGCCAAUGAUGGAGUUCCUUAAGUCGUCCGAUGUGGCUUUCACGAAUGGAUCAACACUGGAAAAUCUGCACUAUGUCGCCUUUGGUCUUGGCAACCGCACAUACGAAUACUUUAACGAGACGAUUCGCCAACUGGAUGACCGCUUGCAGCAGCUCGGUGCGCACCGUAUCGGUGAGCGUGGCGAGGGCGACGAUGAGAAGGGCUUGGAAGAGGACUACUUGGCCUGGAAGGACGGCAUGUUUGAGGCGCUUGCCUCGACGCUUGGUCUGGAGGAGGGUGCUACGGGCGAUGUAUCAGACUAUGUGGUGACGGAACUGGACGAGGUCCCGGAACGUGUCUACCAUGGUGAGUACCACCCGCGUGGCCUGAGCGGUAUGGUCGGCAAUCACGAUGCACGGAACCCGUACCCAUCGCAGGUGAUGGAGUCGCAUGAGCUUUUCGCUUCUGGUGUUGCGUCGCGUACUUGCACGCAUUUGGAGUUUGACAUUAAGGAUACGGGUAUGUCGUACCAGCACGGUGAUCAUCUUGGUGUAUGGCCCUGCAACCCUGAGCCGCAGGUGGAUCGUGCGUUGGCGGUACUGGGUCUGUUGGAAAAGCGCGACCAGGUGAUUCACAUCAAGUCUUUGGACCCGACGCUGGCGAAGGUGCCUUUCCCUAUUCCGACGACGUACGAGGCUGUGAUGCGCUACUAUUUGGACAUCAACGCACUGGCGUCGCGUCAAGCGCUGGCUACCUUUGCGCCAUUUGCACCGUCCGACGCUGCGCGCGAGGAGCUGGAGCGCAUUGGCAAGGACCGCGACUAUUUCAAGGAGCGUGUGGCGGACCAUGGCUACCGUGUGGCCCAGGUGCUUCAGCUGGUGGCUGGUGAUUCGCUGUUGGACGAUGACAUUGCCAAGACGACCAAGUGGAACUUGUCGUUUGACCGUGUGAUUUCAGCGAUUCCGCGCUUGACGCCGCGCUACUACUCGAUCUCGAGCAGCCCGAAGCUGUCGCCCGACCGUAUCCAUAUCACGGUCGUUGGUCUGCGGUACACACCUCCAUCGGCCACGAUGGACGUGUUUGGUCUGGCGUCCAACUUUUUGAGUUCGGUGAACAUGGUGCGUCAUGGUGAGACGCCGCUGCUUGAGGACCCGCGUCAUGGUACGCCUCUUUACCAACUGGAGGGUCCUAGCGGCAAGUACAAGAGCACGGGUGAGCAGGAUGAGACGGUGCUGCGUGUGCCGAUUCACGUACGUCGCUCGACAUUCCGCCUGCCGACGUCGACGAAGGUGCCCAUUAUUAUGAUUGGCCCUGGUACGGGUGUGGCGCCUUUCCGUUCGUUUGUGCAGGAGCGCGUGGCGACUGCGCGGAAGGCCAAGGCCAAGCUGGGUGAGGAUGCGUUGCAGGACUGGUCUGAUCUGCGUCUGUACUAUGGCUGCCGUCGUCGUAACGAAGACUUCUUGUACCACGAUGAGUGGGACAAGUAUGCGGCAGAGCUGGACGGCAAGCUGAAGUUGCGUCUCUCGUUCUCGCGUGAAGUGUUCAAGCCGGACGGCUCGAAACUCUACGUCCAGGACCUUAUUUGGGAGGACCGAGAGGCGCUGGCCAAUGCGAUCCUCAACAAGCGUGCCUACAUUUACAUCUGUGGUGAGGGCAAGGGUAUGUGCCACGAUGUGGAGAGCACGCUUUCCAAGAUUCUUGGCCAGGCCAAGGGCGGUGACGAGGAGCUGGGCCGUGCUGAGCUGAAGCUGCUCAAGGAGCGUAACCGCAUGAUGCUGGACGUGUGGUCGUAA